AUCAAGUGACCAAGUCAAGCCAAGCCCAGUCAGAUCAUCCCAGCUUCCGUCGGCAAUUUCUAGUUUGUAGGUGCCUUCAAAUUUCUCUAAGAUUAUGGAAGACGGUACCAAUGAUUCACUCGACCCGGGCAGUGGUGGUGCGUCCGACUUGAUUGAUCAAGCCGCUUCGAACAAUUUGAUGGACGGCGGAAUGUGUUUGGCUUCAAACCUCAACUCCCUGAUCAGGAGUCAAGUGAGAACCGUUCAAGUGGCGAACCACAGGACCGACAUCGCAGUCAUGGAUUUCGCGGACAAGUUGUUCCUGGUGGUGUCGCAGUACGAGAAGAUGGGCACUCUGGUUCUCAUAACCAAAGACAGUGCCCCGAACACCGAACCUCAGGAGCCGGUUUACACGACCAGGGUGCUCUUUGGGAAAGAUGAGGCCGAGGUGCACGCUGCCGCGAGGCAUCUCGCCACCACUGUCGACUCUCCAAAGACCAUCUUGCUGGGCCUGGCCCUGAAGGACUUCUCACCCAACACCGUCCGGCUCCUGGCAAAGGCUCUGCUCAACCAGGUCACCUUGCUUGGCAGAAGUCCGAGCUGAACGACUUACCAUUUCCGUGCAUGCCGUUCUAUCAUCAUCAUCGUCACCAUGCAGAGCGCCACCGCUGGUUUUCAGUGAAUAAAGCGAGUUGAUUUUGCCAGC